UAAACAUGACUGCUAACGUUACUAAAUUUAUGAAAAUUGUAAACGGCUCAAAUGAACACUGCUGUGUGCCACUUUGUUCGGCCUCAGGCCGUUAUAAUAGUUCACUUAGUUUCCACUGCUUCCCAAAAAACGUAAGUCUUCGGGCUAAGUGGAUUCAUCAAGUGCGAAGGACGGGGUUUACGAUAACUCAGCACACAAAAGUUUGCAGUCGGCACUUUAAGCCACACGAAAUUGUAACAUCCAAGAAAGGAAGGCGUGCUUUGGUAGCAGGUGCUGUGCCUUCGUUGUUUGAGUGGAACAAUUAUUCAACCAAGGAACGACCCGGUGUUUGGGAGCGACGGGCAAGACCACCGAGCCCGGAGCGUGUCCUUGAACCAGCAGCAGCAGCGGAGCCUAUUGCCCUCCCUAUGGUCAUGGACCACGACUAUGAAGCAUCUCCUACCGUGUGCGUGGAUAGGCAACAUUAUGAACAACUCCGACAGGAAAUCGAUACACUUCGAGAGCAACUGAAAAUAUGCCAUCUAUCCAAAUUUGGACUGCAGCGGUUUGCCUCUUCUCCUGAAGACAUACGAUUUUAUACCAGAUUCCCAUCUUACAAGCACCUGAUGGCGUUUUGGAGCCUGAUUAGUACUGCAACAUCCAAAAUGAUCAGGGUGACCAGCAGAGACAAGAGAGCCACCAGCACAGUCACUGAAAGCCCAGUCACCAGACCAACUAAACUGCUGGCGAUAGAUGAGCUCUUCUUGUUCCUGACAUACCUGUCCACUGGCUGCACACAGAGGGAACUGGCUCAUCGCUUUAACAUACACAGGACAACAGUAAGUCGCAUCAUCGUCACCUGGGCCAACUUCCUCUACACUCUGCUGGGCUCAGUCUGUUUUUGGAUGUCUCCUGCAGCUGUUAAGGACAAUCUUCCACCAGAGUUCAAUGCAUACAGUGACACACAAGUCAUCCUUGACUGCACUGAACUACGGUGCCAGACACCAUCUUCCCUGGUUCUACAAAGUGAAGUGUUUUCACACUAUAAAUCACAUUGCACCUUUAAAGCCAUGGUUGGUAUGUCCCCUCAUGGAGCUCUGACAUUCAUCUCGCCCCUCUUCGAGGGCUCCAUGAGUGACAAGGAAAUAUUCCGUCAGUCCGGGAUCCAAAACCUCCUUACCCCUGACACCGCAAUUAUGGUGGACAAAGGAUUCUUGGUGGACGACCUGGCCCCUGGCACUGUUUACCGCCCAGCCUUCGUCAUCCAGAGGGCCCAAAUGGCAGAGGCAGACGUGCUGGAAACGCAGUCAAUUGCUCGCUUGAGGGUACAUGUAGAGAGGCUAAUCAGAAGAGUGAAGGAAAACAAACUGUUUGAAACCACAAUCCCGCUUGCCAUAUCGGGGAGUAUUAAUCAAAUUUUUACAGUCGCCUGUCUACUCUCUAAUUUCCAAAAUGGCCCUCUGGUCAAGACCUGGGCAAAUGAGGUUUGAAAUGUUGACCUUGUGUUGAAUGGUGUGU